UCUGCGAGGCGAGGCGAUGGCGUGCAGCAGGUGCAUAGGGUCGGGAUUUGAGUCUCAGUGUAGAUGGCAGUAGCGGCGCGGCUCCCGAGUGGAUUUUUAUGGGACAGGCGCGCGUUUCUUGCUGGGGAUCGUUCUAGGGUUUCGUCGGUCCAGCGCGUCGAUCUGCGAGUGCAAUGCUUUCAUUCGCGUCAUCAUCCCUCGGUGAAGAGAGAUUCCAACACGGGGAAGGAAUCGGAGUGCCUUGGCUGGGCCGCCAAGGAUUCCUCGGGUGUCUUAGCUCCAUGGAAAUUUCCCAGAAGACCCUUGCGUUCUACCGAUGUGAAAUUCAAGAUCUCCUAUUGUGGAAUUUGCCACACAGACUUACACUUGAUCCACAACGAGUGGGGUUCGUCCAAAUACCCCAUGGUUCCUGGGUAAGAAAGGCAGUCCGUCUGUCUGGGUUAUAAACUGGAAGAUCCAAAACAAGAACACUGGAAGGAAACAUCCGGGUGACUAAACGUUUGGGUGAGAUGAUCGACCAGGCAUGAAGU